AUGAAACCAUUCCUCUCUGAAACUCAAAUGCAAAUCAUCGUGCAAUCUCUUAUCAUCAGUUCCCUUGACUACUGUAAUGCACUUUACUUUGGAGCUAAUCAUUCUGUUUUGAAACAGCUACAAUCUCUGCAAAACAGAGCAUGCCGCUUAGUCAAAGGUCUAAAGAAAAGAGAAGAAGUUGAUCCCUACAUAAAAGAACUUCAUUGGCUCAAGGUACAAGAACGUAUUGAAUUUAAAAUACUCCUGUUAACUUUCAAACUGCUCCAUGGGCUAGCACCUUCAUACCUGUCAAACCUUGUAAAGUACAAUUCCAGUGGUGGAAGAGAUGUGUCUCUUCAUUGCCCCAUAAACAGUCCACCUAGAGCCUUCUCUUCAUCUGCUCCAAGAUUAUGGAACAAUCUUCCUCAAGAAAUCAGGAAAUGUGUAAACAUCAAGGACUUUAAGGGAAAACUUAAAGCUCACCUUAUGAAAAUGCCGGGGCCUCUUGAUGAAACUGUAAGCUGUUACUUUACACUUGCUCGACCUCUAGCAAAACUGAAACGACUGCUUACGACAAUACAACAAACUGCAAACAAUAUCAGUCCUCAGGUGAGUGAAAGUGUGCAGACUCUGAUUGUCAACUUAGUAAACAAUGUAGUCACACCCGAAGAUUUCCAAAACGAAGUUCAGAAUCAGAUACAGUUUUCUCUUAAACAGUUUGUGGUGCCAUUCCUCACAUCAACUUUACCUUUACUGCAAGAGGAGAUACAUGGCUGCAGAAAACAUGAAAUGGGAUUAGAUAACGAGAUAGGUGAGAAAGUAGAAUGCUCCAGAAAAAGGAGUGCUCCAGUAUCACCCAUAUCAAGCAGGGUACUCAAGCAGCCCUGCUUACCUCCUAGCAGCAAUAAAAUAACAAUCAAGCGAGCUCUGCUCAUCAGUUCCUGUUUAAAGAUCUUGAGCCACGAGUUAGAGAAAGAUCUAACAAAAUUGAAAGAAGAUAAUGUUACAGAGGAAACUGCGGAUUUAGAUUUAACUAACGAAUUGAACAUACUGACAUCUCUACUCUCUUGUCUCAGCGAUUCAGAACACACACAAACGAUCAUAUCAGAAGUGAAGACCCUUUUGAAGACGGUGUGUGAAGAGAGUGUGGAGCGCGCUCGCGCGGACUUAACUGCACAGUCCGACGACAAGGACCAAUCCUGUUGGAACUGUGGCCGAAAGGCGUCAGAGUCAUGUAGUGGGUGUAAAGAUGCUAAAUACUGUGGGACGUUCUGCCAACUAAAACAUUGGGAAGCUCACCAUAAAACUUGUAAAACUGAAACUUUAAACAGUAAUGAUGAGGACUUAUCUUAAUUAAUAUUAAGGACGUGUUUUGGAUCAUGACAUUUUGUUCAGCCAUACUAGACACAGCCAUUAAACAGUAAACACUGAAUUAUACAUUGGAACUUAUGUCGUUAAAAAGUACCAAAUUUGUGAUUUUGAAUAUUAUAUUAAAUUAUAUUAAACAUAUUUGAAUAAUGUGAUAUGUAGACCUGACACUUUUAAAUUAGUUCUAAAACAAAAAUUAGCGGUUUCAACGUUUUACGAUUACACAUUUUAUCAUGGGAAAAUUUGUGUUUUCAAGAUAAUUGCAUGCAUAAAAUCAAGACCACAAUUUUAUGGUUAAUGUAGC